UCUCAACUUCUAAACCUUAUAAAAGGCAUGAAAAAAUUCUUGUUGGCAAUGGAAAUUUACUUAAUAUUACUCAGACAGGUGAAACUCAGUUGCAUUCCUCCUCUGAAUCCUUUGCUCUUAAAAAUGUUUUUGUUGUUCCUUCUAUUGAGGUUACUCCGUCUUCUUCUGGUCUUCAUUUGACUCAACGCAAAUAUGCGCAUCAACUACUUCAGCGCCAUGGCUUUCUUGAUACUUGUUGAUGCUCUCCAGUAUCUCACCUUCACGAGACCGAAUAUUUCGUAUGCUGUCAACAUUGUUGCUCAGUAUUUGCAGACACCUCGUGAACCACAUAUGCAAGCCGUCAAGCGUAUUCUACGUUAUAUCCGAGGAACACUAUCGUAUGGUCUUCCACUUUCUCGAUGUGUCAAUCCUUCUCUUGUGGCUUUUGCAGAUGCUGAUUGGGCUGGUUGUCCCGAUACACAUUGCUCUACUUCUGGGUAUUGCGUCUUUCUUGGGCCCAAUCUUAUCUCCUGGUCCGCUAAGAAACAACCCACCAUUUUUCGCUCCAGUUCUGAAGCGGAGUAUCGUGCUGUGGCAUACACACUUGCUGAGACGGUUUGGCUUCAACGUUUACUCCGUGACCUUGGUGUUUUUUUAUGGCACUCCAUCAGCAUCUAUUGUGAUAAUCUCAACACGACUUAUCUUGCGGCUAAUCCAAUUCUCCAUGCUCGGACGAAGCAUAUUGAGCUUGACCAUCAGUUCCUACGUGAGAAAGUCCAAUCUGGUGAUUUGGACUUGGUGCACAUCUCUUCUGAUAAGCAACUUGCUGAUAUUUUCAUCAAGCCUUUGUCACCUUCUCGUUUUUUGGUGUUGCGACUCAAUCUUCGCAUCCGCCCACUGAAUGCUUAGCUUGCGGGGGGAUGUUACGACAUAUUUAGUAUUUUAUGCUAUAUUAGGAUAUUGUAUAUUACGACAUAUUUAGAGUAGGAUUAUAUGGUAUGUAAUUUUGGUUGUAUUUUUACUAUAGUAGGCAUUGUUAUUAUAGUAGGCUUAUCUCUUGUACUAUAUAAUUUCAUCAAUAGAACCCAAGAGAGUAUGCUCUUUUACCCUUCUUUCAACAA